AUGGCGUCCGUCACAUGUGGCAUUCACAUGGGAGGCGCGGCAGAAAUGGCAGUCGCGCAUCUGAAUUUAGAUCUCAUCUCCAAACUCCCAUCCGAACUUGCCAUCACCGAGAUCACUGAGAGAUGCUCCACUGCGUCCUUAUCGGACCCUUCGUCCCCGGAGAUGGAUACCCCGAGGGUGAAACGGAUCGACCCGCCCCGCUAUAGGGCAUCCAAGAUUCCAGAUUCACCAACAAAUCCAAGCCGAUCUCGUGCUGCAUCUGGGUCUCAGUCGACAUCUGCAUCGAACUCCAUCCAUCACUCUCGUUCAGCGUCUCGCAGCACAGGUCGAUCCCGACCUCCAAGUCGCCAUAGUUCUUUCCACUCCCCACGACGACCGGUGACCAACGCAGGCAUCGUUUCGGUCCCAGCUCGCACUCCACAACAGGAGAAGCGGGAGUCCCUAUUAGCUUUACAUCGAGAGUCAUGUCGUCUCUUCCAAGACCCACAGUCUUCAGUCUGGGGCCCAGAUGAACUACGGACAGCGUCCAUAGCCUCCCCAUCUCGGCGCGAACGCCGCGAGUCCUCAGAGAUAGGUACUUCAGAACCACCAUCCCCAAUCGCAUCAUCCUCAUCAAGUCGCCGAUUUGAGUAUGAUCACCGCGGGUCUAUAAGCUCGACCACCUCACCACCCUUUCUCCAACCCCGAGAUCGGGCCAAUACCCUCCCUAUUAUAUCUAGUCAUUCCCAUAGUCCAUCCGAAUCCUCCAUGCACGUCCCGGCGACAGUAAUGGAGUGGACAUCAGACUCAACCCGACGAGCGGAAUACGAACAAAUCGACCGCGCAAGUCGUGGCGUCCGCGGUUUCUGGCGCCGCGUUGCACCCCGCUGGUGCCAGACCCGGGACUCACGCACGCCCUUCUUCGAAGAAGGCAAAACCAGCCGGGAAGGCAGCGUCCGCCGAUUCCGCAUGGACCUCACCGAGGAAGAACCCGAUACAAUUAUACGAGACAAGCCCCAAGUGCAGAUCCUAGAUUUUCUCAACAAAAAUCCUUCUCGAGACGGCAAUACUCGACGCCUCUGGACAGGUCGUCGAUCUAAGACAAACCUCACCUAA